CUGCAAUGUUGUGGGGGCCUGAGAGGAGGAGGUGGUGGAGGCCUCUGCCAGAUAAAUGGGUACACUAGGCCCAGGGCGUCACAUUUCAGACUGAAGGGGCCCUUGUGUGUUUCAGAUAGAUGUGACAUGGCUCGGUGAUAUGGAGACUGCCAGAAUAGACAACCUGUGCAUUCUAUACCAGAGCUCAGAUUUCUUGGUAGUGAACAAGCACUGGGAUAUUCGCAUUGAUAGUAAGAUGUGGUAUGAGAACCUAACUGUCCAGUCUCAGUUGAAGCACCGGUUUCCUGAGCUUGUUGACCCAGAUACUUACUAUGGCUUUAGAUUUUGCCAUCAGCUUGACUUUUCCACCAGUGGGGCACUGUGUAUUGCUCUCAGUAAGCUGGCAGCUGCCAAGGCCUAUCGGUGUUUCAGAGACCGUCUGGUUACCAAGGUUUACCUGGCUCUGGUCAGAGGUCAUGUUGCUGUGACGAGGAUGCUAAUUAAGCGUGCAAUUGGUAAAAAUACAAAUGAAGGAAUGACGCACAUGAUGUGCACUGAAGAAACCCAAGGUUGUCAAAACCCUAAACCAUCUCAGACAGAGAUGGUUGUCCUGGCAAGAGGUUUUUACAGUGGAGAUCCAGUUACUAAAGUACUCCUGCAGCCUUUAACAGGCCGCACACACCAACUGAGGGUCCACUGCUUGGCUGUGGGCCAUCCCAUAGUUGGCGACUUCACCUACAGUUUGAAGACUGACAGUAACCCUUAUCGCAUGAUGCUACAUGCGUAUUAUCUGCGGAUCCCCAUGGAGGGAGAGCUCAUAGAGGUGACCACAGCUGACCCGUUUACACACUUGAUAGACAGCAACUUGGAACUGGACUCAUGGGUCAAUAACUUACAUGACAUUAUCAAAAGACUAUCAAACAGCAAGUCGGUGAUGGACCAAUGUGACAGGGACAGCAUGCUUGGGAUUCAAGCAGAGGAAGCACCAGUGAAGAAGACAAGUGAAGAGACAGAGGAAGAGAGAGAGAAGUGCUUGCAAUGGUUAAGUGAAUGGACAAUGAGUUAAUAUUAAUAACAGCCUUGAUUGGAAGCUGUAUAUUUGCAUUUUCUAAGAGGUGUGGAGAACGUAUGGUCAGUUAGCUGUCCAGUUACGUUUUGAUUAACAUGAUGUUUUUAACUUGUUGGUAAGGGCCAAUGAAAUCAAUUUCCCCUCCCUGGCUGAAUGUUUUCUUUCUCCAGCCCAGCCUUUGUGUUCUGAUAACUUCACGCAUUGACACAGGUGGACAGAUUUUAACCACAAAUUGUUUUUAAAAUAAAAUAUCCAGUUCUGACCAAACACCAAGAAAGUAUAAUAGAAGCCACUGAAGUACUAUACUCAGUUUAUAUGGACAUCUUACUGCAAACCAAUUUCUCCUAGUUGGUUUCCUGUGUACCAGUCCAUUGGUUUUAUCAAACAGAUAGCUCCUGUCCAUCCAGUGAGAUGGAACAACUGCUGUUGACAGAUGACCAUCAGGUUUGCUUGUGUGAUGACGGAAUGGAUGAGUUUUCUGUGAACUGAAAUGUUGGAUUAACUCACAAGUGUUCAAAUAAAAAUCAUUUGUAACAA